UUUAUCGGUUUGUGCUACUUUUUUCUAUUACUGUCUAAAUACAGGUCAUAUGCAUUGAAGAAAGUGAAGCACCAAAUGGAUAUUUACGAGAAGCUGUCGUCAAACCACAAGGCGCUUAUUCCAGACUUUCUUAAGCAUAUGGAUGCUAUAAAAGCGUGUGUCGAGGCUAACGCUUUUUUUAUCUCUAAAAUUCUAGGGAAGGCAAAGCCCGAAAUUUUUGAAGGAGAACACUUUCUCUCAGACCAUGGCGAUGACAUAAGCUGUGUCGUUGACAAAGAAACAAGUCCGACUCAACCAAAGCUUGGAAUAACCAACGCAGAUUUGGACAAAGUGCACUCCGUCCUAAGGCAGUUCGUCCGUGAUUGGUCUAGUCUCGGCGCUGCUGAAAGAGAAGAAUCGUACGAACCGGUUUUGAACGAAAUUAAAGAAUUGUAUUGGUCUUCAGAUAGGAAUCUCUCAGAAAUCCGAAUACUCGUUCCAGGGGCGGGUCUUGGUAGGCUUGCAUGGGAACUGGCCAGUUCUGGUUUUUCGUGUCAAGGCAACGAAUGGAGCCUCUACAUGCUUCUUCCCGCUUACUUCAUUCUCAAUACGUGUAAAAAAGCUAACGAGUACACCCUCCACCCCUGGGUUACCCAAUUCUGCAACAACCUUAGCCGCGAAAACCAGAUGGCCGCUGUCACCGUGCCCGAUGUUAUCCCAACCGACAUUCCGUCGGGUGUCCAGUUUUCAAUGGUUGCUGGCGACUUCCUCGAAGUGUACACCGAGCCCGACUCAUUCGAUUGCGUUGCAACCGUCUAUUUCAUCGACACCGCACACAACAUCUUGGAGUAUCUGGAUGCCAUUUGGAAGAUCCUUGUUCCAGGUGGCUACUGGAUAAACUUCGGUCCUCUCCUCUACCACUUCGCGGACAUGCCGGGUCAGGACUCAAUCGAACUGAGUUACGAGGAAUUGAGGAACACCUUCCAACUCAUGGGAUUCGAGUUCGUGAGGGAGAAGAUGAAUAUGACGUCGACUUUCACGCAGGACCCAAACUCCAUGCUUCGCUACCAAUAUAAGUGCGUCAUGACGGUCCUGCGGAAACCUCUUAAUCCUCAGAAAUAA